GAAGCACCCUGUAGGGGCCGCCAUCUUAGCCAAGACGGCACUCGCACGAGGCCAAACCUCCUCCUGCCCGCUCGCGCCUUUUGAGAGGAGUGGGAAGGGGUGAUCGCAUGGCUAAGAGCCCGGCCGGGGAGUGCGAAGUGGGGAAGGCAGAAGAGGAUGCGGGCGUCGCAGCCUGCUUGCUGGAUGCUGCCUUAGGCUCCUUGUACGAUUUUGGUGAAUCAUUACUGGAUGGAAACAAGAAGAAAAGGAGCAAAAAGAAAAAAUCACAGAAGUUAAGAAGGAAAGGCAGCAAUGCUUUGUCAGAAGAUGACUGCAUGGAACCUGAACACAGCACAGUAACAGCAGGCAAGAGACAAAGUGCCUCCAGCUUCUUUGAAAAUUUGAAAAAUGAACUGGAUUGUGAUAGUAUUAAUCUGAAAAGAUCUCUCCAAGAACUGAGUACACCUGAUGUUGUCCCUCCUAACCUUGCCCAGUCAGGAAGAACAGCAGAGAUAGAAAUCGUGACAUUCCAUGGUCACAGUAGAAAGAAGAAACCUAAACGUGGAAUUUCUGAAGAUUAUAGCUCCAAGGCAAUGAAGACUAUUCAGGAAAAAAAUGUGGAUGGCCAGGGUUUUAAUUUAGAAAAAGCUCGUUUGGAAGUGCACCGGUUUGGAAUCACUGGAUUUGAAAAGAAAGAACAGCGAAUUAUGGAACAAGAACGUGCUAUUAUGUUGGGAGCAAAGCCUCCCCAAAAGGAAUAUUUGAACUACAAGGUUCUUCAAGAAAAAAUCAAGGAAAAGAAAGCAAUAAAGAAGGAAGAAAGCACAGUGGAAAAUAAAACUGAUUCUCUCAAGAGGAGGAAGAAGAAAGGGCAGGAGGCAAGCAGAAAAUCCAAAAAGAAGGUGAAGCCCAGCAUCCUACCAACAGGGCAGGUUGGAAAAUUUAAAAAUGGGACCCUUAUUCUUCGUAGCUAUGACAUAAAGAAAAUCAAGUCUUCCAAAUUGAUUAAAUGAACAGUGAAUUGUGUUUGAAUGGAAAAUGAGAUAAAUGCACUCUGUAGCCAAAACCCAUUUUAAAAAUCUUUUAUGUAGUUUUUGUAAACCCCGAUUUCUCAUCACCUGCUCUGAUGUAUAGAAAAAUGUGAUGACAGAAUGUUAUACCACUACCUGAAUGAGGGGGAUGUAACAGGGUUACCGUUGUUAUCAUCUCAAUUAAACAGUUGUCAACAUUUCACAAAGCUAAUUGUAUGGGUGUAUUGUUCUUUACUAAUUUUCAAGUUGUUUGUCAGUGCACAAUGAUUGAAAUUAUAUCAGAAAAAUAAAUUGGUACAAUGUUACCUAAAUUA